UGGUGGGAGUUGGACUGAAAGCUUUAACGAGAAAAGAGGGGGGAACUUUUGCGGAAAUUUCACUGUAAAAAGUGGUGGUGUGUGCGUGGGCGAUAUUCAUAUCUUGAAGCCCACCACCACACAAAAGUAAACAACCACCGCGACAUUCUCUUUCUUUGACUCUAGACGGCGUUUACCCCUCUCUUUCUUUUUCCCUCCGGGACGCGUGCAGUCAACCCUUUUGGAGAUCGCCAUUUUCCCGAACAAGAAGUCAAGGUUCUACGGAGCAAAAGCUGAUCCGACCAUAUCUCAAUUGGCUGAACGAUUUGAAGUUUGAUGGGUUAAAAGAUCUCUUCUAUCUCUCAAUGCAUCACUUACCCCAGUUUCUCGUUAUUAAUGGCGAUACACGGAGAAAGAAGAAGACGCCAAAGAAACCAAAGCUCGAGCGUAUGAAUGCAAGGAAGAACAUCGAGUACGAGUUCUCCAGGACAUCCACAGAGGAGGCUUCAGUGCGGCCAUCAACUGUUCGAGGUACUCGCUCACUUGACAUACUACCCUCGUUAAUUGAUAGGACGAGCUUUCGGAUUGAUGGAAGUGAUGCUGGGCAAGUUGAAAUAAUUUGUCGUAGUUUAGGGUUUGAAAGUCCCGAAGAUUUUGGGAUUCCCGUGUCAUCCUGGGAAGCUAGAAAGAUCCGGUCUACUUCCGAUCUUCUUCCCAGCUCUCGUUUAAAUCUCGAUACUGAUCAUGGUGCGACCGCGAUUGAAGAAGAGCAACCAGCCGAAAUUAUUGGAAAGGAACGUAAAUCCGAUAUUAUUAGGGUUAGAGUUGGUAAUGGAAUUAAAGGUGUCCGGCCUCCAGUUCUUUCUCCCCCGUCUUCUUCUAUUCCGAAACCCUUGAUGCAUGAUCACGAUGCUGGAUCCGAGUGGGAUGUCGUUAGAAGUUUCGCCUCCAUUUCCAUUGAAGCCGGUUCUUCUUCUGCUCAUGUGAAUCAACAUGGGUUUAGGCUGUCCGAGGAAGAAGAAGCUGACGUGGAGAAUGUUAGGAUGAGACUAUCGGCAUCUUGUUCUUUUACAACUUCCAAUGAGGAUGAUUCAUCUAGUACUACCACAGAGCCUACAUCCAGUAUAUCACCAAAUGGAUACGGAUCUAAUAUAUCCACCAAUGGAAGAUUCAGGCACAUAACUAUUACUCACUGGCAGAGGGGUGAGCUCCUGGGGCGUGGCUCAUUUGGAUCAGUCUAUGAAGGCAUUUGCGACGGUGGGUGUUUUAUUGCUGUGAAGGAAGUCUCUUUGCUUGAUCAAGGUGAACAGGGAAGGCAGAGCGUACUCCAACUUGAACAGGAAAUUGCUCUUUUAAGUCAGUUUGAACAUGAGAACAUAGUUCGAUACUAUGGGACAGAUAAGGACGAGGCGAAGCUGUAUAUAUUUCUUGAGCUUGUAACAAAAGGUUCCCUUUUAAGUCUGUAUCAGAGAUACCAUCUUCAGGAUUCUCAAGUUUCCUCCUACACACGCCAGAUCUUACAUGGUCUUAAGUAUCUGCAUGAUCGCAGUGUCCUACACAGGGAUGUGAAGUGUGCAAACAUAUUGGUUGAUGCUAAUGGCUCAGUGAAACUUGCAGAUUUUGGGUUGGCUAAGGCCACUAAAUUCAAUGAUGUCAAGUCUUGCAAGGGAACUGCAUUCUGGAUGGCACCUGAGGUUGUAAAUCAAAAAAAGAAGGGGUAUGGACUUGCAGCAGACAUAUGGAGCCUUGGUUGCACUGUCUUGGAGAUGUUGACACGUCAGAUUCCGUAUUCCCCAAUGGAAUGUAUGGCUGCAUUAUAUAGAAUUGGAAGCGGUAAGCCUCCACCAGUUCCAGAUGGUGUUACUGGAGAGGCAAGGGAUUUCAUAUUCCAAUGCCUUCAUGUCAAUCCAAGAGAUCGUCCAACUGCUGCUCAGCUCUUAAACCAUCCAUUUGUUACAAGGCCACUUCCUGGAAACAGCUACAACUACAACUUUAAGAUCCUGAAUUAAACCAGAAUCAAGACACACAGAUGAGAUGAGAUGAGAUGAUGUGAUGCAAGCAAAAAUUGGGGAAUGAGGGAGGGAGGCAGUAUUAAUAUUAAUAUAAUAUUAAUUAAAUAGUGUUGCGUUGGGUUAAAAUGAUGAAACGUUGCUUCUGCUUCAGUUCUGUUGUGUUCCUAGUUCCCACCGGUGAUGUUGAAGUUGUUUAUGGUGUGAGUGAGUAGGAUUCUUGUUUCUCAUGUGUAGCAGCAGCAGCGGCGGCAGCAGCAGCAGCUGUUUAGAGAGAAAGUAAAAUGGUGUUUAGUUUGUUUGUACAUCAAUUCUUUUUGUUUUUGAUGACGACCAAUAGUAGUAGUUGUAGGAGUUUAGUUUGAAUUUGAAAUGUAAGUAAGAUUAUUGUUAUGUUUAAUGGCGAAGCGUAAGCAUUUUGCUUUCUAAA